AUGAAAUCACUCGGUUUCACAACGUUGAGUUUGGAGCCGAAAUGUCUCAGAAGUGGUCGUGCUUUUGGUGAAAUCCUUCAUGGAAUAGAUGAAGACUUCUUCAAUGAAAUGUGGAUUGAAAAGAUCGCACAGUAUGACUCUGAUUCCAACUGGAGGGUCAAGGCCAAUAACCUCCGCAAACUCACCCGGAGUCUGGGAGAGUACUAUGAGGAGUGUAUUCACAGGAUCGUGAAGGGUACUCAUUUACUAGAUAUAGACGAAAUGGAGUUCGCUGAGACGGGAUCGACCACAGAGCUACUUAAGAUGGCUGUUCUCAUCGUUGGAGCUGCAUUUUUGGGCAGUAAGCAAAAAAAAUUUGUUGACGGUAUCACAGUUUUGGAUCCUGAUGUGCAAGGUGGUGUCAUGACCGCUAUACAAUCUGUUAUGGAAGGAUCUGAAAAAAGAGAUAUUCCAACGCCAGUUUCGCCAGAGGAAAUUCUUCCAGAUUUGAAAGCUAAUAGCGGGGCGAGCUCAAGCACCAGUGAUGAAUUGGGCGGCCGAUUAGCUUCCUUGAGUAAAGAAAACUCGGAACUACGGCAAGAUCGUGACAACUUGGAAUUGCAACUGGAGAAGACUCGACAGCAGUUGUACGAACUGACCAAAGGGAAAAGCGCGGAAGCCUUCGAACAGGACCUCAUAGACCUCAGAGAGAAGAAGGCGCGCUUGGAAGUGCAGGUAAUCGAAACAGAGACGGAAAUGGAAUUACUGAAAGGGAAGAUUGACUCAGUUUCGCAGGAGAAUGAAGACUUGAAAACGAAGGUGGGACAGAUAAGACCGUUUGAAGAUGAAUUUCGACGUCUUCGUGAUGAAGUUGAAGAGCUGCGAGUGAAAGAAGCUGAUCAUGCAAAGUUGCAACAGGCCUACGAACAACUGAAGAAUAAGGCCAAGGACAGUAGUAACGAUCGCGCGGAGCUGUUGGUUCUCCGAGAGAAAGUGAAGUCCUAUGUCGAGCAUGGAAUGUUACUUGAGGACGAACAACGGAAAAAUAAGACUUUACGCACUCAAAUGGGCUCGUACAAAGCGUUGUCUGAGGAGAAGUCUCGAGAAAAUGACAAACUGAUUAUUAAGGUGGAUAAGUUGGAACAUGAAUUAGCCACCGCAAAAGAUCGUUUGGCUGCUGCUGAAGUUCGUAUUGAAGGUCUUGUUCAAGAGAAGAUUUUGUUGGAGAAUAAGAUAUCACAUGAGCUAUCGAUGAUGGAUAGCGUGCAUAGUUUGCAUACGUCAAUGCUCGAAUCCACUAAUGGCGAAUCGUCAUUAGACAGCAGUCUGAUGGAAGAUCGCAUUCGUAAUGUGGAGCUGGAAAACUCCCGUCUUCGUGAAAGAAUUAAGGAAAUGGAGGAAUUGGAGGUAGUGAAAGGCGAGAUGGAUGUUGUUAAAGGAAGGAAUCAUGAGUUGGAAAGUGAAUUGCGUUUAGCUAACAAGAAGAAAGUUGAUCUAGAGGCUAAAGUCGAAGAAUUGGAGCGUUCGGUUGAAAUGGCUGCUGCCUCGUCGUCUGGAGAUGUUACAGAGGUGAAGCUAAGGUCGGAAAAGAUGUCGAUCGAAGUAGACCAGUGGAAACAGAAGGCAGAAUUGUCUGAGAAACGCGCCGCAGAAGCUUUGGAUGCGCAACUGUUAGCUGAAGGUAGUUUUUCUACUUUCUUCGUUUUAUAUUCUUGGUUUUUUUCAAACAUACUUCAAAUAUAUUUUUGA